AUGCCGACCAUCGGUCUCGGGACCUGGCAUGCAAAAGCAGGCGAAGUCGAAUAUGCAGUCGAGAUCGCUCUCAAACAUGGUUAUCGCCAUAUCGAUACGGCCGCUGCAUACGGUAAUGAAGAGCAAGUCGGGAAAGGAAUCAAGAUGUCUGAUGUCCCACGUGAAGAUAUAUUCCUUACAACUAAGCUCGCCAAUAUAGAUCACAGCAACGUCGAGGCAGCGCUAUUUUCCUCCUUUCAGAAGCUUGACACACCAUAUCUUGAUUUGUGGCUCAUGCAUUGGCCUGCACCAAUGACACAAGAUUUAAAAGCAGAUAAGGGUCGUGAUUGGCUUGAGACCUGGAAAGACAUGGAAAAGGUCUAUGAGAAAUACCCCGAGAAAGUCAAAGCGAUAGGCGUUUCAAACUUCCAAGUGGAAUAUCUUGAGCGACUGCUAAAGGAGGCGAAAAUAACUCCGGCCGUAAACCAGAUCGAGCUUCAUCCUUCCUGCCCACAACAUGAUGUCGUGAAGUUUUGCAACGAAAACGGCAUUGUGCUUAUCGCCUAUUCGCCACUCGGCUCAACUGGCUCUCCGCUGCUCACGAACGAAGUCGUAAGGAAGAUUGCAGGGAAUCGCAAUAUUCCUCCAGCAAAUGUUCUGAUCUCAUUACAGGCCUGCCGUCCUAACACUGCCGUCCUCACGAAGAGCAUUACGAAGUCGCGCAUCGCGAGUAAUUUCGAUCUCGUUGAUUUGACGGACGAGGAGAUGAACGAGUUGCUCAAAAUAGAUGAAACGCAACACUUCCGAGUGUGCACUCCAGAAUGGACUGGCUGGGGAGACUUAGGUUUCCCAGACCGCAAAUGUGCGACUGCAAGUCACUUAUAA